CUUAAAUCCCCGGCCUUUUCCACUACUUAAGUCGUAGAGGAUAUUCUCAUUUUGACUAAUGUGAAACCGCAGUACAGCAAUGUGGACUGCGGGAUUCCGAUUCCGAGCGAAAGUACUUUCACCGUCGCGCGAUUAUGGUCGAUGCAUCUUCCUCAUCUCUUAUAUAAGUCUCUGUAAUAAAAAUGAGAAAGAAAAUGCUCGACAGUCUCUCUCCGGCGACAAAGGCUUCAAUUCCUUUGAAUCGCUUUUUAGGGCCUUUAAUCUUUGAAUUUGCAAAGAUAACAUGGAGGAUUCCACCGGAGAGAUAAAGAUUAGCAAAAAAGACCGCAAGCAUCGACGGGAAAAAAAUCAAUGUGUGGACCGACUGAAAGAAUAUUUCCAGAUUGUCACGGGAAUUGAGCUUCCAAAGGGUUGUUGGCAACAAGUGAUACAAUUGGUCUGGAGUAAGAUUCUUGAUGCCGGAAAACUGGAAAAACAAGUGAAAGUCUCAAUGACACUGGAAGAAUAUGCUGCAAAAGCAGGACAAAUAGUAAAGAGUAUGCGGACUGCUGUGGAAAAAGAAAAAGUUAAAUGGGAUGCGUUGGAAUCCUCGAUGCUACCGCUGGAGCAACAGAUUCUGAAACUACAUUAUCCACAACAAGGAGUUUGCUCAGAAGUUACACACGGUCAAGGCUCAUCCUCCUGCCAAGCAGAUCCAAAUGACGGACCUCAAGAAAUCAAACCAAAAACCCUGAAUGGUCAACAUUUGAUGAGGAAAAAGCACGGGCAAAUAGCAUUGAAAGUGUUUUUCUAUAUGUAUACGGGAAUUGUCCUUCCAAAGAAAUGGAAUAAAGCAAAAGAAUUAGUAGAAAUAAAGAAAAAUGAUGCCAAAAGAGAAGGGAAGAAAGUGAAAGCCAUGAUAAGGCCUCCAGAAAGUGCUGAAGUGGAACGAACAGUCCAGAGUUCACAGGCUGCUUUUGGGGUAGAAAAAAUGCAAAUGAAUGACUGCAAAAACCUCCUACAACUGGUGAAACCAAUGUUUCGAAGCCAAGUUUAUCUCGACUAUCACAAACAACAUGGAGUUAGCUCAGAAGUUGUUAUUCCUGAUAAGGAGGAUCAAGCUUUAGAGUUUCCUUAUGGCUCUAUUCAACAUGGACAAAGUUCUAUGAUUUACAAUUGGAAUGAUAUGGUACUUGGAGACUUGCAAGAUCUACCAGAGUCUGGGCAGAUGCUUGAGUCAUCGAAAGCUAUUGGCUGCAGCAACGGCACCAAUUCUCUUGUGGCACCUGAAGCAGCUGUGAAUUUGUCAUCAAUGGGCAACUUCCAAGGCUGCAGGGACCUUGGGGAUAAUGAAAGUUUGGUUAUGGAGAUAAAGGAGCUGUUCCCUCAGAUUGCAGAUGGUGGCUUCAUAGAAGUGCUCCUUGAGAUGGCAAAAAGCAUUCCGCAGAGACUCGAGCUAAAGGACAGUAACCAAGAAUUGGAAUCUAUGGAUAUGCGGGUUUUACAGCUGGAGGAGGAAGUGGGUAAAACCUGUCAGGAGGUAGGGCCUUCCUGGCAAAACAAGUCGAAGUUCAAUCAACAUAAGAAGGUGCAGACCAAGGGGAAGAGAAAGCGCUCUGGUUGAUUUUUAUUUUUUUUUUUCAAUUAAGGGUUACAAGAAGCGGAAGUAUUUUUGGACUUAUAAUCGCGACUUCUAAUGUGUGUAUUUUAUAAUCAGCUGGACUGAUCCUUAAGUAACUUGUUGGUGUUUGAUGGUUAUGUAUAUGUUUGGGUUUUAUGCUUGCAUAAAUAAAUUUGAGCGUGUUGAUUGGCAAAUUUUUAGAAUACAUCUCCUUUCUUUUUGACA